AUGCAGGAGCUGGUGGCUGGUGUGGAGAAGAUCAGGUUUGACUUAGAGGCUGAUGUGGAGCAGCAGCGAGGAGCUCAGCCCCUGCCCUUCCCGGGUAUGGACAAGCUGGGGGUGGCCGUCUGCGAGUUCUUCCACCGAGGGCUGUGCACCAAGGGCGUGGGGUGCCCCUGCCGACACAGCGGCGGGGAGAAGACGGCGGUGUGCAAGCACUGGCUGCGCGGGCUCUGCAAGAAGGGCGACGAGUGCGACUUCCUGCACGAGUACGACGUGACCAAGGUGCCCAAGUGCUAUUUCCACGCCAAGUUCGGCGAGUGCAUCAACAAGGACUGUCCCUUCCUGCACGCUGAUGCCACCUCCAGCACCAUGGGCUGCCCCUGGUAUGACCGUGGGUUCUGCAGGAACGGUCCCCUGUGCAAGUACAAGCACACGAGGAGGGUGAUGUGUACCAACUACCUCGUCGGCUUCUGCCCAGAAGGACCCAAGUGCAAAUUCAUGCACCUCAAGGCCGGGCUGAUGACGAGCAGCACGGAUCCACCCAAGGGAGCCGGCUGUCCUUGGGGGCUGGUACAGCUGGAUCUGGCUGUCGGUGAGGAGAGUGGCUGCAAGGACGUGCCACCCGUGGAGCCCCCUCCACCAGUCACCAGUGCCCUGGGCCCACAGAGCCUGCUUGAACAAGGCGUCUGCUGCAAGUGCAGGCAGAGAGGUCACUACGCCAGUAAGUGCGGGCAGACUCAGCUGGGAAUUCUGCUGGGGAAGUGACUGGAGUGCUCCCGUGUGGGCCAUGGAAAGCGGGAUGCCACCAAGCGCCACGGAGCCAGCCAGACGGCUACUGGGGCAGUUGCUGGACUAGAAAAGCCAGUUGGUUUUGCUCAGCACCGGCACUCAAAGCUCUUUGCACAAGCAGCAGCGAAAUCACAGCUUCCCUAACGCAACUCCAGUUGGACUCUUCACAGUUGCCCCAGUUCCCUCCUGCGUGGAUCAGGGCGGGGGGGGGGGUCACUACGAUCACAGGUUGGAAGGGGCACAGGACUCUCGUGGGCAAAUGAG